AUCAGCUUGCCUUUUUUACCUCCGAAACAAUCCAGGCGAUUAUCUAAUCAUUUUGUUAUAUUACUAACAUCCAUCCCUGCCGCAGCCUCUUUUUAUCAACAAGUUGAAAAUUCCUUUGAGAGAUAAAUCUCGAUCAAAAAAAAAAAAAACAGCCACCAUCAUGAGUUUCAAAAAUCUUUCAAUCUUGUUGCUGGUCGCUGCGGGAUGUAUCAACAACGCGCUAGCUUAUCCGGCGACACCGGAUUCGACAACACCACCCACUUCAGUUUUGGCCGAUGGUACCACCCCUCCUCCCAAGACUCCCGGAGCCGGAACUGGGUCAGUUUUAGCCGACAAGCCUCCUGGUACGGAUCCUCCAAAGCCUGAUAACAAGACGGACCCCUUGGGAUCCAAGAAGACGGCGGGAGGCGGUCCUGGUACCACUCCCACCCUUGGUGGAAAAGACGCUGGUACUAGUAGUACUGUCAAAUCCAAGACUGCAGGUCUCACGCAAGCCGAAUUAGCCGAAGCAUGUGCACCCUUAAUGAAUGGUGGAAAACCAGGUGGUGACCCCCCUAAGAAAACACCCCCACCCUCAACCCCAUCACCCUUAACCCCAGCACCUUCAACCCCACCACCCUCAACCCCACCACCUGGAAGUGGUGGUGGUGGUGGUGGUAAAGGAGGCUCAGGCGGGGAAGGAGGAUCAGGUGGGAAAGGAGGCUCAGGUGGGAAAGGAGGCUCAGGCGGGAAAGACCCGGGAAGUUCCGCGUCUGCAUUGUCAGGAAACACAGUUUCCGCAGCGGCUCUUCCAAUUAUUCUUUCAAUCUCUGUAGGAUGGCUCUUUGGUUAAUAAAAAAUCUUACUUUUCUUGUAUCCUCCUCAGAUCCAAUAAUUUUCAGAUAUUGGUGUCAAUGUUCCAACCCUUUUUCACUCCAAGAGAGCUUAGAUAGGAAAUAUUCCAUAGACCUCCAAAAUGAUCUCAUUGUAUCCCUGAUAUUAAUGGAAGUAAAAUAUUGCCUGAAUCUAUUUUAUUAUCAUUUCUGGA